AUGGCGUGGGAGGACGGAUUGAGCCUCCAUAAGGGCUUGCCCGUACCUUCCAUCUUGUACGGGCAUGGCAUGACCACCUGCCCAAGGCCAACUUGUGGCGGGGAGGAGACAUUGCGCCAUGUUUUUUGGGGCUGUGCUAUCGCCGGGGUGGUAUGGGCUAGGGCACAGGUGUUGAUAGGCAGGGUGAGGGGGGAUUUUGUUGUGACUUGGGCUAGGGUAGAGAGAGGUGUAGGGAAAGCAAGGGGGAUGGUUAGGGACAGGUUUAUGCUCUGGCUUCUCAUAACCCUCUUUAAAUGGGGGUUGUGGGAAGCUAGGCAGAAAAUGGAAAGGACAGGGAGAGAAGGGGGUGUGGAGGGGAUAGUGAGGAGAGGGUGGAGCAGAAUUUGAGGGGGAGAAUGAAGAGAGAGGAGAGGAAGUGGGGGCAGCAUGCUGCUCGGGAGAGGUGGAAGGGGGGUUUAGGGUUAGGGUUAGUGUAGAGGGGUAGGGAUUUAGGAUUUGUGUGUGUUUUUUAGCUGUGUAUAAAUGGGGAGGGAAGGUGCUCCCCUGGGGUGUAAUUUCUGUUAUUGUUCGGUUUUGUGGGUGUUUGAUAUAUAUUGUGGUGGGUAGUUUUUUAUUGUUAUUUUUAGUGAUGUUGGGGUUGGGAAUUAAUGGUGUGUGUAAUGUGUACGAUUAUGUAUGGUGUGGAUUUUUGAAUAAAAACUUUUAAUCACUAAUCAGUGUCUGAUCAGUGUCUGAUCACAGGUACAUGAGAAGUGUUCUCCCUGUUUAGUUAUUAUUUCAGUCACAGUUAUUAUUUCGUAUUUUGGCUGGCAGCCUGCUUUUUGGAGUCUUAUUUACUCUGCCUUUCUUUUUUGUGUAAAGUCCGUUAUUUUGUAUCCUGGCUUCGGGAUCAUCAGUAAAGAUCAGUAAAGAUCCUUGUUUCGCCAUCUCUACCUACUGCCUACUGUCUAUCCUGCACCGCACCUGGGUCACACCUCACACCAACCCUUACAGAAAACUGAGCCAAUAUGGACCCAGCGGAGGCAGCACAGUAUCAACACAGGGAGCCGUGCUGAUCCAGCAUGACCAGUGCCUGAAGCAGAUCACAGAGAAUCUCCGCCAGCUGACAAUCGGCGUGCAGAGCCGGGUGGACACCCGACCAGCCCCAGCAGCCGGCGGAGCGGAAGCUGCGGCAGCUGCGUUUCCUGUCUCGCCUGCGACAUCGCGGGAACCCCGCCUACCACCUCCGGAGAGGUACGACGGACGUCCAGAGGGCUACAGGGAAUUUCACACUCAGUGUUCCCUGAUAUUCAGCCUACAACCCUCCUCCUUCCCGAUGGAGCAGGGCCGGGUGGCCUACAUUAUCACUCUGUUGAUGGGUCGGGCUCUUUCCUGGGCUACCGCGAGGGCCAAACUCCGGCGUGCUCCGAUUCCUACCUAUUCAACCAGGAGCUACGCAAGGUGUUUGACACCUCUCGGGUGGUGUCGGGGCACGAGGCCGGGAGGCGGCUCACGGCCUGACGGCAGGGUGACCGUUCGGUGGCGGAAUACCCCAUGGAGUUCCGGACCCGGGCUCGAGAGGAAGGAUGGGAGGAGGCCACACUGGUCGUCCUUUAUGCUCAGGGGCUAUCGGAGGGGAUGAAGGACAAACUCUCCUUCAGGGAGCAGCCUGAGCGACUGGACGGCCUCGUCGACCUCUCGGUGUGGGUAGACAAACGGCGUUGUGAGAGGGCGCACGAGAGAGGCAUGACGCAAGGCGUGCAUCCGCGUCCCCCUAUCGGCCUGGAGAAGCCGGGUAAACGGGAGGGCUCGCUAGUAUCGGGAGGGGUGCUAGCGAGCCGGAACCGAAACCCCAACUCCAGAGACUCCCGGACUUUUCUCCCCGUCAGGGUUCAGUGGGCCCGCGCUGCGCGUUGGGCGCAUGCAUGGGUGGAAUCUGGGGCCGCGGGAAACCGGAUGGACGCGGCGCUGGCCCAAGGGUGGAGCGUUCUGUUACUCUCUCUCUCCGAGCCGGUUCCGGUCAUGGACCUGGACGGUCGGCUGUUUGGGUCGGGCUUCAUCACCCGACGCCAGGUCCCCGUGUGUGUCCGGGUGGCGGGGGGGCACUGGGAGGGUAUCCAGUUUUUCAUUGUGGACUCUCCGGAGUGUCCCGUCAUCCUCGGGCACCCCUGGCUGGUCGCCCACAAACCCCGGAUAGACCGGUCCACAGGGCGGCUCAUCCUGGAGGGAGGCUCCGCUCCCGUUCCGGUCUCCACCAACCACUCACCAGCCCAGACCACCUACCAGUCCUCACCUCUUCCCAAGGUCCCGCACUCCGAACCACCUACCGCCCUAGCAGCGGUUGCCACCCGGAGGACUGCGGCUACAGACUCCGUCACCGGCCCAUACCUUGCAGGUGUUCCCCGGGAGUAUUGGGAUCUGGGGGAGGUGUUUAGUAAGAGGCGUGCCAAGGGCCUUCCUCCUCACAGGCCAUAUGACUGCGCGAUCGAUCUCCUGCCGGGCGCCAUGUCCACAUUAGGGCUAUUGUUUUCCUUGUCCCAGCCGGAGACGCUGGCCAUGAGGGAGUAUAUCGACGAGGCACUCAUUGAGGGUCACAUCCAUCCCUCUACCUCACCUGCGGGCGCAGGCUUCUUCUUCGUGGGGAAAAAGGACGGUGGGCAGUGGCCGUGCAUUGAUAACCGGGCGCUCAAUGACAUCACGGUUAAGAACCGGCAUUCGAGUCAUUGCAGGGAGCCCAGGUCUUUAGCAAGCUGGACUUACAUAAUGAGUACAACCUGGUGAGGAUUCGUGAGGGGGACAAGUGGAAGACUGCGUUUAACACAUUACGAGUACCAAGUCAUGCCGUUUGGUCUAGCCAACACGCCUGCGGUGUUCCAGGCAUUGGUCAAUGACGUGAUCCGUGUCCUCCUCGACUACAGCGUCUUCAUGUAUUUGGAUGACAUCCUCAUAUUUUUGAAGGACAUGAGUGAACACCAGCAGCAGUAGGUCAGCGCGGUACUGGAUUGGCCCCAGCCCUCAUCCCUCAAGCAACUACAACAUUUUUAGGGUUUGCAAAUUUUUAUAGCCGAUUUAUUCGCAAUUUUUGCUCCCUAGCAGCUCCCCUGACAGCCCUCACCCAGACGAGCAUAUGCUCCUUCGCCUGGACCCCGGAAGCGGGGAACGCAUUUGAUGCGCUGAAGCGGCGCUUUACAUUGCCCCGGUCCUCGGGCAUCCUGAUCCGUCCCUGCCGUUCAUUGUGGAGGUGGAUGCUUCAGACGUUGCAGUGGGAGCAAUCCUGUCCCAGCGGUUCCUCACGGAUGGUAAGACUCACCCCUGCGUGUUUUUCUCCCGUCGGCUGUCCCCGGCGGAGCGGAAUUACGACGUGGGGAACCGUGAGCUGCUAGCAAUCAAUCUCGCCCUGGGGGAGUGGAGACAUUGGCUAGAGGGGGCUGCCCAUCCAUUCAUCGUAUGGACUGACCACAAGAACAGCCUACAUUCAGGGGGCCAAGAGGCUCAACUCGCGCCAGGCCAGGUGGGAGUUGUUCUUUACCAGGUUCCGGUUCACCAUCUCAUACUGUCCGGGAUCAAAGAACACCAAGCCUGACGCGCUCUCCCGGCAGUUCGACCCUGUGGACCUGGUGGGUAGGGACGACCCCAUUGUCCCCAAUGCCCUUAUUACUGCCCCAGUUUCGUGGGGAAUUGAUAGGCUUGGUCAGAGCAGCGCUACGGCGGGAGCCCGAUCCAGGCGGAGGUCCAUCGGGGAGGAUGUACGUACCCAAGGCGGCGCACUUGCGACUGCUUUAGUGGGCUCACGCGUCCUCACCAGCCAUCCGGGGGUCGCCAGGACGUUGGAGUUCCAGCAUAGGAGGUUCUGGUGGCCGUCUGCUGAUGUGGAUACAUGCGCCUUCGUGGCUGCUUGCCUGGUGUGCGCGCGCAUGAAGAGCUCCCGUCAGCCCGCAGCAGGGCUUCUCCGACCCCUGCCUAUCUCCAAGGCUGCCCACUUCAUUCCCCUUCCCAAACUCCCGUCGAGCCCGGGAGACGGCUAAGUUGGUGGUGACUAGGUGAAAAAUCUGUCGAUGUGCCCUUGAGCAAGGCACUUAACCCUAAUUGCUCCUGUAAGUCGCUCUGGAUAAGAGCGUCUGCUAAAUGACUAAAAUGUAAAUGUAAAAAUGUGGUGCAGCACGUUUUCUGGGUCCAUGUCCUUCCCCAAGAUGUGGUGUCUGAUUGGGGCCCUCAGUUCUCCUCCAGAUUCUGGGAUGCGUUCGCCACCUGCCUCGGCGCCUCCGUCAGCUUGUCUUCCGGUUCCAUGCUUUCAUUUUUGCUUAUAAUCAGGAAUCAGGAUGAUUGAGUUAUGGUCAGAUUUGCCAAAUGGAGGGCGAGGGAGAGCUUUGUACACGUCUCUGUGUGUGGAGUAAAGGUGGUCUAGAGUUGUUUUCCUUCUGGUUGCACAUUUAACAUGCUGGUAGAAGUUAGGUAGAACAGAUUUAAGUUUGCCUGCAUUAAAGUCCCCGGCCACUAGGAGCGCUGCCUCUGGAUGAGCGUUUUCCUGUUUACUUAUGGCCUUAUACAGCUCAUUGAGUGCAAUCUUAGUGCCAGCAUCGGUUUGUGGUGGUAAAUAGACAGCUACUAAAAAUAUAGAUGAAAACUCUCUUGGUAAAUAGUGUGGUCUACAGCUUAUCAUGAGAUACUCUACCUCAGGCGAGCAAAACCUCGAGACUUCCUUAGUUUUAGAUUUUAUGCACCAGCUGUUGUUUACAAAUACACAGACCGCCACCCCUUGUCUUAGCGGAGUCAGCCGUUAUAUCCUGCCGAUGUAGCGUAUAUCCCACCAGCUGUAUGUUUUCCAUGUCGUCGUUCAGCCACGACUCGGUGAAACAUAAGAUAUUACCGUUUUUAAUGUCCCGUUGGUAGGAUAACCUUGAUCUUAGGUCAUCCAAUUUAUUUUUUAAUGAUUGAACAUUGGCUAAUAGGAUUGAUGGAAGAGGCAGUUUACUCGCUCGCCGUCGGAUCCUUACAAGGCACCCCGACCUACGUCCACGAUAUCUCUGUCUCUUUCUCAUGCGAAUGACAGGGAUUUGGGCCUUGUCGGGUGUCUGUAGAAUAUCCUUUGCGUCCGACUCGUUGAAGAAAAGAUCUUUGUCCAAUACGAGGUGAGUAAUCGCUGUCCUGAUAUCCAGAAGCUCUUAUUGGCCAUAAGAGACGGUGGCAGAAACAUUAUGUACAGAAUAAAUUACAAAUAACACGAAAAAAUACACAUAAUAGUACAAUUGGUUAGAGGGCUGUAAAACGGCAGCCAUCUUCUCCGGAGCAAUACUUAAAACUCAGAGCAUGCGCUGACCAACUGGCAAGUGUCUUCACUGACAUUUUCAACCUCUCCCUGUCGGAGUCUGUAAUACCAACAUGUUUCCAGCAGACCACCAUAGUCCCUGUGCCCAAGAACACUAAGGUAACCUGCCUAAAUGACUACCGACCCGUAGCACUCACGUCUGUAGCCAUGAAGUGCUUUGAAAGGCUGGUCAUGGCUCACAUCAACACCAUUAUCCCAGAAACCCUAGACCCACUCCAAUUUGCAUACCGCCCCAACAGAUCCACAGAUGAUGCAAUCUCUAUUGCGCUCCACACUACCCUUUCACCCCUGGACAAAAGGAACACCUAUGUGAGAAUGCUAUUCAUUGACUACAGCUCAGCGUUCAACACCAUAGUGCCCUCAAAGCUCAUCACUAAGCUAAGGACCCUGGGACUAAACACCUCCCUCUGCAACUGGAUCCUGGACUUCCUGACAGGCCACCCCCAGGUGGUAAGGGUAGGUAACAACACAUCCGCCACACUGAUCCUCAACAUGGGGGCCCCUCAGGGGUGCGUGCUCAGUCCCCUCCUGUACUGCCUGUUCACUCAUGACUGCAUAGCCAGGCAUGACUCCAACACCAUCAUUAAGUUUGCAGAUGCCACAACAGUUGUCGGCCUGAUCACCGACAACGACGAGACAGCCUAUAGGGAGGAGGUCAGAGACCUGGCCAUGUGGUGCCAGGACAACAACCUCUCCCUCAACGUGAUCAAGACAAAGGACAUGAUUGUGGACUACAGGAAAAAGAAGAGGACCGAGCACGCUCCCAUUCUCAUCGACGGGGCUGUCGUGGAGCAGGUUGAGAGCUUCAAGUUCCUUGGUGUCCACAUCACCAACAAACGAACAUGGUCCAAGCACACCAAGACAGUCGUGAAGAGGGCACGACAAAACCUAUUCCCCCUAAGGAGACUGAAAAGAUUUUGCAUGGGUCCUCAGAUCCUCAAAAGUUUCUACAGCUGCACCAUCGAGAGCAUCCUGACUGGUUACAUCACUGCCUGGUAUGGCAACUGCUUCGUCAACCACUUUGAAAAGAAGGUUGACGACAUCCGAUCCUCGUUUGUUAAGUCUAAUAACACUGCUGGUCCUGCUCACACUGCCCUACCCUAUGCUUUGACUUCUUUCUCCCCUCUCUCUCCAGAUAAAAUCCUGCGACUUGUGACUGCAGGCCGCCCAACAACCUGCCCGCUUGACCCCAUCCCCUCCUCCCUUCUCCAGACCAUCUCCGGUGACCUUCUCCCCUACCUCACCUCGCUGAUCAACUCAUCCUUGACCGCUGGCCAUGUCCCUUCCGUCUUCAAGAGAGCGAGAGUUGCUCCCCUCCUCAAAAAACCAACACUCGACCCCACUGAUGUCAACAACUACAGACCAGUAUCCCUUCUUUCUUUUCUUUCCAAAACUAUUGAGCGUGCCGUCUUUAGCCAACUCUCUUGCUAUCUCUCUCAGAAUGACCUUCUUGAUCCAAACCAAUCAGGUUUCAGGACUGGUCAUUCAACUGAGACUGCUCUUCUCUGUGUCACGGAGACUCUCCGCACUGCUAAAGCUAACUCUCUCUCCUCUGCUCUUGUCCUUCUAGACCUGUCUGCUGCCUUUGAUACUGUGAACCAUCAGAUCCUCCUCUCCACCCUCUCCGAGAUGGGCAUCUCCGGCGCGGCUCACUCCUGGAUUGCGUCCUACCUGACCGGUCGCUCCUACCAAGUGGCGUGGCGGGAAGCUGUCUCCGCACCACGUGCUCUCACCACUGGUGUCCCCCAGGGAUCGGUUCUGGGCCCUCUCCUUUUCUCCCUAUACACCAAGUCACUUGGCUCUGUCAUAUCCUCACAUGGUCUCUCGUAUCAUUGCUACGCUGACGAUACACAACUAAUCUUCUCCUUUCCCCCUUCUGAUAACCAGGUGGCGAAUCGCAUCUCUGCAUGUCUGGCAGACAUAUCAGUAUGGAUGACGGAUCACCACCUCAAGCUGAACCCUGGCAAGACGGAGCUGCUCUUCCUCCCGGGGAAGGACUGCCCGUUCCAUGAUCUCGCCAUCACGGUUGACAACUCCGCUGUGUCCUCCUCCCAGAGUGCGAAGAGCCUAGGCGUGACCCUGGACAACACCCUGUCGUUCUCCGCCAACAUCAAGGCGGUGACCCGCUCCUGCAGGUUCAUGCUCUACAACAUUCGGAGAGUGCGACCCUGCCUUACACAGGAAGCGGCGCAGGUCCUGGUCCAGGCACUUGUCAUCUCCCGUCUGGACUACUGCAACUCGCUGUUGGCUGGGCUCCCUGCCUGUGCCAUUAAACCCCUACAACUCAUCCAGAAUGCCGCAGCCCGUCUGGUGUUCAACCUUCCCAAGUUCUCUCACGUCACCCCCCUCCUCCGCACACUCCACUGGCUUCCAGUUGAAGCUCGCAUCCGCUACAAGACCAUGGUGCUUGCCUAUGGAGCAGUGAGGGGAACGGCACCUCUGUACCUUCAGGCUCUGAUCAGUCCCUACACCCAAACGAGGACAUUGCGUUCAUCCACCUCUGGCCUGCUGGCUCCCCUUCCUCUGCGGAAGCACAGCUCCCGCUCAGCCCAGUCAAAACUGUUCGCUGCUCUGGCACCCCAAUGGUGGAACAAGCUCCCUCACGACGCCAGGACAGCGGAGUCACUCACCACCUUCCGGAGACAUUUGAAACCCCACCUCUUUAAGGAAUACCUGGGAUAGGAUAAAGUAUUCCUUCUAACCCCCCCCCCCCCCCCCCCCCCCCCCCCAAAUUGUAAAGUGGUUAUCCCACUGGCUAUAGGGUGAACGCACCAAUUUGUGAGUCGCUCUGGCUAAGAGCGUCCGCUAAAUGACGUUAAUGUGCCCUUGAGCAAGGCACUUAACCCUAAUUGCUCCUGUAAGUCGCUCUGGUUAAGAGCGUCUGCUAAAUGACUAAAAUGUAAAAUGUAAAUGUAAUGCUCGGCCAUCCAGGACCUUUAUACCAGGCGGUGUCAGAGGAAGGCCCUAAAAAUUGUCAAAGACUCCAGCCACCCUAGUCAUAGACUGUUCUCUCUGCUACCGCACGGCAAGCGGUACCGGAGCGCCAAGUCUAGGUCCAAGAGGCUUCUAAACAGCUUCUACCCCCAAGCCAUAAGACUCCUGAACAUCUAAUCAUAUGGCGACCCAGACAAUUACCAUUGCCCCCCCCCCCCCCCCCCCCUUUCACGCUGCUGCUACUCUCUGUUUAUUAUCUAUGCAUAGUCACUUUAAUAACUCUACCUACAUGUACAUAUUACCUCAAUUACCUCAACUAACUGGUGCCCCCGCACAUUGACUCAGUACCGGUACCCCCUGUAUAUAUUCUCCGCUAUUGUUAUUUUUACUGCUGCUCUUUAAUUAUUUGUUACUUUUAUUUCCUAUUAUAUUGUAUUGUAUUUUUUUGUGUGAUUUUUUUUGGUAUUCUUUCUUAAAACUGCAUUGUUCGUUAAGGGCUUGUAAGUAAGCAUUUCACUGUAUGGUCUACACUUGUUGUAUUCGGCGCAUGUCACAAAUACAAUUUGAUUUGAUUUCUGAAGUAUGAAAACAUAAUGGCCUUUUAAGUCUCCGCCAGACUCCCCCCACCCUCUCUGUCUCACUUUUCUGACACCCCAUAUCUCACUUUCUCCCUGUCUCUCUCUUUCCCUCCACCUCGCUCCUUCCCAUCCUCCCUCGCUCUCUCUCUCUCUCGCUAUCUCUCCUCGUCCAGGGUAGUCUGUCUGACAGAGAAGUGCUUGAUCUGCAAAGUGUCCUUGUUGGACUCCAGCUGGUCAAAGAUGUCUGCCACAGGCACAUUACUUUCCACCAUGGAAGAGUUCUGGUCCUGGGAGGAGACAGGAGGGCAC